CAUUCGGUUGAAACACAGCAGAUGGUUAAAGGGAGAAGAAGCAGAUGAAGAGAAACACCAUAAUCCGCGCUCAGAGGAACUUCAGAUUCAAAUUCAUAAUUCAUUUCAAUUUGUGAGAGCGUUCCACCACCGUCAAAUCUACUUAAAAUUGAAUAUCGCCUGCGUUGAACAAAGUCGCAUCAGUUUCCUGAUCUCAGCAUGUGACGCUGUCAGUUUCCCUUUUCACUAAUAUGAUCAGCAGAGUGGAGCGGUGGCGCACGGCCGCUGCGCGUAAAAGCGCAUCCGCGUUUAUCCGGUGCCAUUAGUUUCUAACGCCUCCCUGUGCGAACACACGGUCUGCGGCGUCCGAACGGACCAGAACUGAACCCCGACAGCUCAGACUCCACGACUUCUUUGUUAUAUUUAAUUCCUGCACAGCUGUAACUGGACCGGGAGGCUGUAUUUGCGGUGCUCCAUCACCCAGCCUGUGGAUCGCAUCAUCCAGAGCGGACGUUCGUCUCCGUUUACUGGACGCGCAGCGGAGCGUUACCGGAGAGACUCCAAGACGUUUUCCAUCCGCCCGCAAGAAAAUAAAGUUUUCCAGCGCUCGUCAUGUAAAUACGCGCUGAUCCCGCUGCGGUGGAGGCUUAUUCCAGGCCGAGCUCUUAUGACUUCACCUGGACGCUCCAGCUCCUCACUCUCUCCUCCUGGGGACGUCCAGCAGCCCGGAGACCUCUCUCUCCCUCGUUCUGUCAGAGACCUGUGACGUUGGACCCCCGCCCCCAUGGCAGCUGCUCCAGAUGUGCGGUGCCUGUCAGAGCUCGGCGGACCCUCCCACAGGAACAUCAGCCUCAUCUCUGGCACCCGACCCUGCAACCAGAGCGUGGUCAGAACCGCGCCCUACACCCCCCAGGCCACCGCGGCCUUCGCCGUCUCCAUCACCUUCAUGAUGCUCAUGACCAUCGUCGGGAACAUCCUGGUCAUCAUCGCCGUCUUGACGUCCCGAUCCCUGAAGGGUCCUCAGAAUCUGUUCCUGGUGUCUCUGGCUGCAGCGGAUAUUUUAGUGGCCACGCUGAUCAUUCCCUUCUCGCUGGCCAACGAGCUGCAGGGCUACUGGGCCUUCAGCUCCAUUUGGUGCGAGAUCUACCUGGCGCUGGACGUCCUCUUCUGCACCUCCUCCAUCGUGCACCUGUGCGCCAUAGCCCUGGACCGCUACCUGUCCAUCGCCCGGCCCGUAACCUACGGCAACAGGCGCACGUCCUCGCGCAUCAAGGCGGCCAUCGUCAUCGUGUGGCUGAUCUCUGCCGUCAUCUCCUUCCCGCCUCUGCUCACCCUGGACAAGAGCAACGGGGGAGACGAAGAGUGUGAGCUCAACAACGAGCGCUGGUACAUCCUCUACUCCACCGUCGGCUCGUUCUUCGCCCCCUGCGUGAUAAUGAUUCUCGUGUACGUGAAGAUUUACCAAAUCGCUAAGCAGCACACGCGCGGUCCUCCAGGACACAAGCAGAAAGCAGCAGCAGAGGGAAAAGCAGAAAACUUGUCUGAUCGGCCCCGACAGAACGGGGACGGAGCAGGUGCGGCCAGCAGCCGGCACCAGAACCCGCCCGCUUCCGUCCAGAACCAGGACGACCAAGGUCCUCACGCGAGUUCUGCUCCGGUCCAGCAGUCCUCCCGCUCCUCUCCUUCAAAUCCCCGGCGGCGCAGCCAAAUCCUCCCAGCUGCUCCUCCCAGCGAGGCCCAGAAAAGCCCGGGAGGAGCGCUUCACGGCACCAGCUCCGGGUCGGAUGCCGAGAGCGGUCUCACCACGCAGCCCCUCGAGCGUGAAGGGGGAACGGUGGAGUCCAGCGUCCAGGCGCCCAACGUGCCCUGCAGGUACAAAGACACUAUGGCCACACCGUCCGGCACCCAGCUGGUACCGGUGCCGCCCGCGUCCCGGCGUAAAGCCAUGGCCAACAGGGAGAAGAGGUUCACCUUCGUUCUGGCUGUGGUGAUGGGCGUGUUCGUGAUCUGCUGGUUUCCCUUCUUCCUGUCGUACUCUCUGAAGGCCGUGUGCCCCGAGACCUGCAGCAUCCCGGACCCUUUGUUCAAAUUCUUCUUCUGGAUCGGCUACUGCAACUCCUGCCUGAACCCGGUCAUCUACACCAUCUUCAACCAAGACUUCAGGAAGGCCUUCAAGAGAAUUCUGUGCAGGGACACAAAGGGCACCUUCUUCUGAGGACGUCAAAAAUGACACUCAGGACAGAAGGACCUGCACAUCGUGUCCGUUGUCUCCUCUCUUUGUGCUUCUGUUGGCUGAGGUGAAGCUGCACUAACAGCAGAGAGCCCAGAAAAGCCACAGUCAAGUGACCGAAUCAAUUACCUUAAUGCGAUUGAACGCUGCAGCGUAACUGAAUAUUUGGUGUCUCAGAGGAUACAGGGUCUGUUCAGUGGGGCGACGCACAAGCAGAGCCAGUGCAUGUGUCGGCUGUGUUUGUGUGGAUGCAUGGGAGCGGAGGAGAGUCGCCCGAGGGUCUUACUGGAACAGAGCGAAUAUCACUAAGUGUCCUUUAUCGGAGAUAAAAUGGGCACUCGAGAAGCACAAGAUCAGGGAAAAUGUGAGGACGCUGGUGUCUGUGUUCCUUCCUGCUGCCUCCAUCUAAAGCUCUGGCUUGGGUUGUGUACAGUACUGUGUUUGGACACCUCUCAGGGUAAUUCACCCAAUGGUUUUACUGGGAAGCGAAAAGAGAGACAGUCAGCUUGAAACACAGAAUCAAUGGAAAUGAGAGCAUCUCCACCAUUUCCUUCAGUCUUUAGUGUCAUUAUUUCCUGUAGAUGUACACAGACGCGUUCAGGCUGCAGGACUUUGCCAAACUAACGGGACAGUAAAACUGCAGGGAAUGGAGAGGACGCCUGCAAGACGACGGCAGGGCUAUUAUUUAUUAAAAUGAUCAUAUAACGAGUUGAGAUGCUCGAAAUGACCACAAAACCGCCACAAAUAGGU